CUCCACCCGUGUGAUUCAUUUGAUUCCCCUUCUUUUUGGUUGUGAAUAUUUACAUCUUACAUUCUUUACUUACACUUGUAUAUCUUACCUUGCAUUCUCCUCCUUGCAUAUCUGACCGGUUCACAUGUCUUGGUCUAUUUCCGUCACAAAGAGCCAGAAAUAAAAAAAAAUCAUAAAAAAAAGAAAGAAAAAUACAACCAAAAAUACAAAAGAAAAGCCCGCCCACGUGUGGCCCACUCGUCAUCUUCAUGGGGUUUUUUGACCACCUCCAGAAAGGAGGGUCAUUUUCGUUGCAGCCGAAGAAGCCGCAGAUUCGCAAAGUCGUCCAGACGCGCCCCGCGGCCCCCUCGAGGUCUUCUUCGCAAACGCCCAGCAGCGCGCAACCCCGCGCGUCAUCGACGGAUAAAUCUCGGCACCCUCGAUCGCAACGCAGCUCAGCCUCGCGGGAUUCGGAACCCCCAGCCUCGAAGCGACGGCUAGGAACACCUCUGCGGAGUCGGAAGCGCCAAACUCCGGAACUCCGACUCUCGAGCGAUGACGAUGACGAUGCGAGCGACACCGACGCCUCGUUUGAGGUGCGCAAACGCGCUCGGACGAGCGACAGCGCGGAACCGGACUUGGAGCGGCGGGUGCGGUCUUUGAAGGCUUUUACGGAGGACGCGGUCAAAGCACUGCCGAUGGUACAUGCGGCUGAGAUCACUUCGGUGCAGAAGCCUGGGAAUUUCCAACCGGCGUUCGGGCGGACAGAUCAGCCUGCGGAGGUUCUCCUGCAGUAUCCGAGCGCCUCCCCGAAGGAGAGGUACCAGCUCAUGGUUCCUCGCGACAAAGACGACUUCAAGCCUCUCGACGACAUCUUCCACGUUAUCGAUAUCGUUUCCCAGAACUACCUCCCUGAUGACGAGACCGACGUGUUCGACAACGAAUCCACCGGAAUCAAGAGGAGGAUGCGCCGCGCGAUGGCCCAGUCUUCUGAGGACGACUUUCGAGAAGUGGUGGCGGAUUACAACCGUACGAUUGAGCGCUUGAGGCGGGACGGCAUCAUCGCAAAGAAGCUCGACGCCACCCACCGCUUGGAGUUGCCGCAUGUCGAACGGAUCUUGACCCAGAUAUACUCCCGCACGGUCUCGCCGCGGGUUGAUACGCUCCGUCAAUACGAAAACGGUUCAGACAACGUCUACGGCGAACUGCUCCCCCGGUUCAUAAGCACGAUCUUUAAGGAAACGGGCUUGAAAUCGGGCCAGGUGUUCGUUGAUCUCGGAUCUGGCGUGGGAAAUGUUGUCCUUCAAGCGGCGUUGGAGAUAGGCUGCGAAAGCUGGGGCUGUGAGAUGAUGCAGAACGCGUGCGACCUGGCCGAUCUCCAGCAAAAAGAGUUCAGAGCGCGGUGUCGACUGUGGGGGAUCGCGCCGGGCAAGACCCAUCUCGUCCGGGGCGACUUUCUGCAGGAACAGAGCAUCAUCGAUGUGCUGAAGCGCGCCGACGUCAUCCUCAUCAACAACCAGGCCUUUACACCCCAGCUAAACAACGAGCUGAUCAAUCAUUUCUUGGAUAUGAAAGAGGGCUGCAAGAUCGUAUCCCUCAAGUCGUUCGUCCCGGCCGGUCACAAGAUCCAAGCUCGGAACCUCAACUCCCCCAUCAACCUGCUGAAGGUCAAGCAGAAGAAUUACUGGUCCAACAGUGUCAGUUGGACUGAUGUCGGCGGCACCUAUUUCGUCGCUACUAAAGACAGCUCCAGGCUGAAAGCCUUUGCGGACAGUAUGGGGUGAGAAGCAGGUCUCGUCCCGUCCUCCCACUUCAUUUUCCCUUUAGGGAAGUAUAAAGCUACAUUUGGAAAGCAAGGUAUAUUAUUUGCUUUUUUUUUUCUUGUCUUUUUGUUUGUUGCUUGCGCGUGUCUUAUUUGCCCUUUCUGGAAAGAUAUUCCCCCCACCGCGAUACACGAUACGAUACCACUCUUUCUUGUAUAAACAGACUUUUCUGCAACGCCAGCAUGUGCUUUUUUGUCGCUUUCAUAGAAACAUGUGUUUCGGUUUGGUGCUUAUGACUUGACGCAAGAUUAUGGGAUGGGAUGGGAUGGGAUGGGAUGGGUGAGCCGCGGGUGUCAACAUGGCAUCCUGUGCAUAUAUCAUGGGUAUC